GGAGAGAAGGAACAGUCCCCCACAGCGGCCCGGGCGGUAGCCAAAAACGGAACCAGACUGGUUCCGACGGGUUGCUGAUUGGUCGUGGGCUUGGAGCAUCAUGCUUGGCGGGAAAAUGACUGGCGCCAUGCUGACGGGCCGCUUCAUUGACAUUCAGUCCACAGUCGUCUUUUCAGCAGCCCGAUGAAACGCUAGAAUGUUCGUCGGGAGUGGAAGCCGAGGUUUUUCCACAGUCUCCAUUUUAUCCCGACUGCUGCAGCGGUGACCCCCCUCCACCCCCCACACCCACCCAGCGGUCUGGUGGGUGGUCCCGGUCUCGGGGCUGCUGUAUAAAGGCCGACUGGUCAGCUUUUGUGCGCUUGUCAAAGGAGAAGCAGGCUCAGGCCGCGGGUCCGGGGCGGAGGUGUCAACACAGUCCCAUUUGUCCCCGCUGCUGUCAGCUGUGAAGAAAGGGGAAGUGGACAAGGCCUCAUUAUCACCCUGGCAGGGGACGGCUGCUGAUUGUGGUCCGCUCGACACGGCGAGGCAAUUCUACACGCAUCGGACAUCCUGCCCACACCCACGGCUGACCUCUUUGCGCCGACGAUGAAUCCAUCAAUGGGAAAGUUUGCGGUGGUAAAAAAGUGCAUCGAGAAGGCAACCGGGAAGCAGUGCGCCGCGAAGUUCCUCCGAAAGCGACGGAAGGGCGCGGACUGCCGCAAGGAUAUCUUAAACGAGAUCGCCGUGCUGGAGUCGGCCAAAGCAAACCCCUACGUGGUGGCCCUGUACGAGGUCUACGAAACCACCGCCGAAAUCAUCCUCGUUCUGGAGUGCGCUGCCGGUGGCGAAAUCUUCAACCAAUGUGUUGCCGAUAACGACGAGGCCUUCACUGAGAAAGAUGUGAUCCGGCUGGCCAAGCAGAUCCUGACGGGAGUGGCCUUCCUGCAUCGGAACAACGUGGUGCAUCUGGAUCUGAAGCCCCAGAACAUCCUGCUGACCAGUGCCAGACCUCUGGGGGACAUUCGCAUUGUGGACUUUGGCUUGUCCAGAAGCAUGGACAACAUGACAGAGGUCAGGGAGAUCCUGGGUACCCCCGAGUACGUUGCACCAGAGAUCCUGAACUAUGAACCCAUUAGCACUGCGACAGACAUGUGGAGCAUCGGGGUCCUGACCUACGUCAUGCUGACGGGCGAGUCUCCCUUCCUGGGUGACGGGAAGCAGGAGACAUUCCUCAACAUCUCCCAAAUCAACGUGGACUACUCGCCGGACACGUUCGAGGGGAUCUCCUCCCUGGCCGUCGACUUCAUCAGUACCUUGUUGGUUAAAAACCCGAGGGAGAGAGCCACGGCAGACGAGUGCCUCGACCACCCCUGGCUGAACUCGCUCGCCCACCCGCACCCGCACACCCGGUCGGGCUCCGCCGCGGACGAGCCGGAGGCGAGCCAGUCUGAGUCGGAGCCCGAGAGCCCGGCUCCCUGCCCCGAGCUGGACCCGAUCGGCUCGUACCUGGCGCGCCCCGGCCAGGGCGGGCUGAAGGCGGGCCGCGGCGCCUUCUCCUUCAGCGAGCCGCCCUUCCCCACGCGGCCUGAGAUAAAGCAGGAGCUGAUCUGCUGAACGGCGUUUUCGGCAGGCGGUUGGGGGGGUGGGGGGAAGAGAGACUGGAGCGGAGGCGAGGCGCCGCGGAGCCGACGCCGGAGAGCCGGAGAGGCCGCAGCUCCCUGGUCUCCCGUCUGACACACGGGCCAUUGCCGUAGGGACGCUGUACGCCCGCUGCCGGCGGCUUCAACUGCUGUCAUGUGUCUGCGAGCCAGGGGGGGGGGGGGUCUGGGGGAGGGGUCUCUUUUUGUGUGUGUGUGUGUGUGUAGUCUCGGCCCUCUGCACGUGCUUUUGAAUUAAUACCCGCUUACCCGUGCUGAUUUAGGAUUGUACGGGAGCGAUGCGAGAGGAGAAGGGAUGCGGGAGGAAAGAGGCGAGGAGUUUGUCGCGGGACCGCAAUGCUGCCUUUAAAAGUGUCAGCGCCGUGCUUGACGCUGGCUAGAUCCCCCCCCCGGUCCCCUGCACGCACACUGGUUUCUUCUUUCUAUCCUGUUCAGCGAGAAGGCCGCCUCGGGUGAUGACUUCACUCACUGUGCGCUCGCAUCAAAACACAUCCUCGACCGACAUCCAGACCUUCCGUGAUGAGUUUGGUUAGAAGAUUUAAAGGGUUUUAACACAUGGUUGUGCUUAGCUAGAGAAUUAAAGCAAAGGACCACUCCACUUUUUUAUGUUUAUUUAUGAGUGUUUUUUUUUUUUCAUACCACUUCACCCCCCAAAAGACACAAAGCCACAUCAAUCAAAUGGUAGCAUUCUUUUUUUUUUUUUAAUUUUUGAAGACAAUCUGAAGCACUUUUUAUUUUCCUAUUGGACAUUUAUAGUAAAAACAAAGGCUCUUCAAGCACAGUCGGCACAAUGAACUGUACAUGUUAACCAUUUCCCACAAUCUGUCUUUCACAUUAUCUUUAUUCACAGUGCCACUGUUUUUUUUUUUUCUCAACCUCACUGUUAAUAUUGAAGUUUUGUAUUGCUUUGUUUGCCAUUGCACAAGUUGCACAAGUUUUUUUUGUACUUAACUGCAAGGUUGCCACAAGAUUAUAGGGCUUAAAAUAUUGUGAAAACAUCUGUUUUGGAAAGGAGGCCGUGGUUGAAUUUGUGGUUGACUGCAGAUUUGUAUAAAUAUGUGAUGUUUGCCUUCAAAUGCUCGGGAGCAGAGAAAUUGGAAAAAAUUUCUCAAACAAGUACUGAAAUGUAUAUUGUGAGUUAGUAUUAUUAUUAUUAUUAUUGGUAAAAUAAUAGUUUUUGUUUACGUCUUUAAAUAUGAAUCAUUAUAUCAUUUUGUACGUUAACUUUAACUUUUCCCUGUAUUCAGGCCGGUUUGCACUUGUCCCUCUGGGCGCUUUGUCAAAAUGAAUAAAUGUUGAUGGCAUGUAUAACAAAAUGUAACAUACAAAUACAGAUUCAUUUUGCAUCAAAA